AUGGGGCCAAUCGCCACUUCGCCUACUGUCACCACAGACGGCCCGCUGCCCAACGACGCAAACCAUCAAGCCGGCCUUGCUCAUGGAAACGAUGACUCCGACGCUGUGGCUCCCUGUGAUGUCGUCAUCCCUACAUUCCGCAUGGACAGAGAUUUUCACGACUACGCCCCGGAAAGCAGCCCGUCCAUCGACGGUCGCCCCAGGAACUUUGUCCCAAGUAAGCUUCAACACGUCCCAGAUGUCAAGAAUGGCAACUUUGCCGUCUUGCAAAUGGGAAUCUCGGCCGCCGACUCGACAGAAAGGCUCGAAGCGGCAAGACGAACGAGCGAAGAAACCGCAGCAGCCUCCAGGCUGUUCAACCAAGCCGGCUACCAGUCGCUACGACAGCUCAAGAAGAGAUGGGGGGGGAGCCCCAAUGUCCAAAAGCAGGAGUUGAAAGCCGAGGACACUGCCAAAACUGACCAAGAGAACACCACGCUAGCAUUUCAGCCGCCGAGCAGGAGGACGACUCCGCUCUCGCCGUACGAAACAAAAGCCGAGCAGGCUCGGCUUCUUACGCUGCUGAGAACCUUGAACCCCAACAUGGUGGUGGACCAGCUUUGCAGAGGUGUCGCUUAUUUUGGGGGAGUACCAAUGGCGGCCCCACCCGUGCAAGAUGCUGCUUUCCCACAAAGCGCUGCAGGGAAUGGAUCUGGCGCCAUUCUGGUCGGCUGGCUCGCCGAGCUCUUCCCAAACAUGGCUGGGCCGGCGUCUCCGAGCUGCAGUCCAGCCGUCGGUUCCGGCUCGCCUUCUGCCGCGACGGCGGCCAAUGCUCAAAACGAAGAAGACUUGUGCGUGACAGUGGCUUCCCACUCGACAGCGGACUCGAUUGCCGGGAUGGCGAAACGAGGGAGAGGCAGACCGAAGGGAAGCAAGAGCUCGAAAGUGCGGUCGGACAAGGGCAAAAGGCAUUCGGCAAAAAUGCCAGAGGGUAGCGUGCCACUCGUGAUACCCGCCAUGGGCGACGACACCGGCAACGUCGAGGGCCCCGACGUCGAAAGGCAGCCUGCUGCGUCAAUUGCCGGCACGCCCGACGAAUCUUGCGCACUACCGGCCUCAGCCGACUCCAGCAGCCUCGUGGGCCCAAGGAAACGAGGUCGGCCCAAGGGCUCUAAAAACCGACCAAAGGCCAAGUCUGAUGGGAAACCCGCCGAUGCCAAGCAGCAGCGGCGGCGGCGGCAGCAGCAAGAACAGGAGCAGCAACAGGAACACGACCACGACCACGACCACGAACAUGACCACGAACACGAACACGACCACGACCACGACCACGACCACGACCAGCAGGAACAGGAAGAGCAGGAACAGCAGGAACAAGAACAGCAUGAACAACAGGUUGACGAGCCAGCACACACUGACAGCGGCGGGGGCGUCGAGGUGUCAGACGCCAUGUAUCAGGACAGCUCCCUGUCCAACCACGAGUACCCGUCCCACCUGCAGUUUGUCGGAGGCCUUUCGGACAAGCAAUCGACAGAAGGGGUGGGCGGCUUUGGAGCCAGCCUGUCAAAUCACCAACCCAGCAGCAGCAUGGGGAUGGAGCAGAAUAUGCCAAACAGGAGACCGUUUAUGCAGCCGAGCCAGCCCAACGGCGCGCACGACAACGGCAUGCUGUUGAACAGGCCAGAGCACGAGUUGCACGGCAUUAAACGUCGCCGCAUAUCGAGCUCGACCGGGCAAAAGCCGGGAGCGGUAUCCCAACCGGACCUGAUGCCAGGCGGCUUCGGUUCCCCAGACCCCGUCACCCAUUUUGGCGGCCUCGACCGGCCCGAAGACAAUCGCGCGCCUCAGCUGAGCCAUUUCUUCGGCACCACCGCGACCCCUCAGCAGCAGCACGUGCAGCUGUCCGCAAACCCGAACCAGACGCUCCCCAGACCGCAAGGGAGCCAGCACCGAUAUGCGCCUCCGGAGGUGAGCCUGCCGCCCCACAGCUUCUUCGGCGAACCGGCUGCGCUGAGGCACGACCCUCUCCAUCACCACCGCCACCACCACCACCACCACCACCAUCCCAGCCCCCUCGACGCAGCCAGCAACAGCUUCGGCCAGAGCCUGCCUGGCAGCCAUAUGCACUUGCCUCAAAGCCAUGCCAAACUGCUGCAUUCGGCUCCUCCCAGCAACCCUGGCCUGUACGCGCCCCGACAUCAAAUACCUCACAGCAGUCAGCAUCGGCAUCACGCGCCGCCGCCAAACGUGAGUCCCUCGAUUGGUCCAUACUCCACCUUUCACAGCCAAGGGUUCAUGUAG